CGCUCGGGGCUGAAGAGGACGGAGAGAGCAGGAUGGCGGAGGGCAGCUGGAGAGUCCUGCUGCUGGUCAGCCUGGCCGCGGCCCUCGCCACGGCGCGGGGCCUGAGCCAACGAAGGGCCGUGAAAAUCGCCCUCGACUCCUACAACAAGGGCUCGGACACCGACAGCACCUUCCGGCUCGUCCACUACAUCAAGAAAUCCGGCCCCGUGGACCCGUCCAAGCCGAUCCCGGUGACUUUCACCGUCCAGGAGACCGUGUGCCGCAAGUCCGACAACCCUGUCCCCGACCGGUGCGAUUUCAAAAAGAAAGGGCUGGUGAAAAUAUGUACCGGAACCGUCUCCUCGGCCACGGGAUCUCCCUCGGCGUCAAUCACUUGUGAUGGGUCUGUCCGCACCAAGAGAUUCUUCAGAACAUUCGGCAGGAUGAUUGGACGUAUCCGGCGGGGAAUUGGGAGGACGUGGCGAAAAAUCAAACGGGGCUACCGUGAAGGCAGACGGGGCAAAGAGAGAGGACCAGACCGAGGUAGUAGCCCAAAUCCAGGUGGAAGUCCAGACCAAGAAGAAAAUUCAGAGCCGCAGCAGUAAACCCCCCGUCCCGUCCCCGACCGUCCGGCGACCAGACCCCCGGGUCUGGUCCCAGCUUCUGCCCUGCAAGGCUACAGCCCCGCCGGCCGCAACCGGAAAUAAUCCCAGCAGCUUCUGCGCCUGAGCUUCCGCCCCGACCUCCUCCAUCCCUCGCCCCUGACAUCCCCCAGAGAAUAAAUGUCUUGGACGAACUCCA